AUAAAAUUUAAUUUAAAGUUACAUUCAAAUCUGUAUAGAUGUUUUAUUUAUUAAUAAUGUCGUUAUGACAUCUUAAGGUAUAAUUUUAUACAUUAUGUAGUUUAAAUAGAAAAACGGAUUGACGGCGUUUCUUCUCAAAACUCAUCGGUAUUUCGUAAUGUCCGAGGCAAAGAAUAUGUGUAACGAGGACGUCGUGAGGUCUCCCUCGGUUGACUUUUUGCUUAAACAAGUAUACUUGGCGCACAAAACGAAAGUUAAAGCCCUUGAAGCUGAAAUUCAAAAGCUGAAGACAGAAUUACUUGAAGAGAAGAACAGAAACAACGAAUGUGCACAAUGCAAGAAUCUACAAUCCUCUUUAAAGAAGUGUAGAGAGAAUUAUUCCAAUGCUUUAACAGAACAAAAAAGAAGGAUAGAGCAGUUAGAGAUUCAGUUAUCAUCAUUACAAGACACCUCCUUAUUUAAUACUAGAUCAGAAUCUGAAUAUCCUCUGAAAAGAAAUAACGACACAGAAAAGUCGUUUAAUACAGCUAAAAAGUUAAAAAAUGAUAAAGCAUUAAACACUGCACCUAUCAAGUCACUCCAAUGUAAUCAAUAUAACUUUUUGAGAUGUGAGGAGUCAGUUUUAACUCCACAAAAACUGAGCAAUACUCUUUUUGUUCAGGGAACAACAGAUACAGACUUUAUAAAUGAAUUACUUGAUGUUCCCAAUGUUAUCAUAACAGAAACAUUAGAUGUUGAUACUUUGAAACUUCAACAAUUGCUUCCAGAGACGAAAGAUUCUAGACAAAAUUCUUCCAAAACAGGCUCCGACAGUCUUACCAUUGCAUCACCUUCUCUCUUAUCUCAUCCAAAACCAUUAAUAACUAACCAUUUGAGCAGCAGUUCUACUUCGGAUGUGCAUUUUUCAUCAGAGAAUGAAGAUACGCAUUUUGAAGAGGUUAUCGACAUUUCAAACGAAACAGGAAAUUUGGACCACAAACACUUAACAGGCUUUGAAACUGAUAAAGAUGCCAUUGAAACUGGAAACAAAGCAAAAGAUAGUUUUUCUGAUAUAGAUGAAACUUAUUUACCAUUAGUGUCAAGCACGAAAGAAAAUGAUCAAGGUUUUAUAGAAGCAGAUGAUGAUAUUACGAUAAUUGAAGAAAUUCCAGUACCUGAAACAGAUGAACCCAAGGAUAAAGUUCAUGUUAUGUUAAACAGUUUUGGAGGAUGCAGUUUUGACAAACCACCUGCAAAAGAAGAAGUGAAAUAUAAAUACAAAGAAGAAUGUGUUAGAAAGAAAGACGAGCGAAGAAAGUUGCCUGGACACAACUGUAAUCAAUGCAAACAGUAUUACGAUCAGCUUGAAUUGACAGACAGCGAGAAAGCCAAGAGAAUGAAGAAGUGUUCUAGACAUAGAGCACUAUAUAGUCCACCCCAAACACCAGAACACUAUUGGGAACUUGAUUUUCCCAAUACUGCAGUUUGUAAAGAAAGAGGCUACAUCAACGAAACACAAAAGCGAGAGCUAAAGACUCGCAGACGAAAUCCCCUCCAAUUUAAACAAGAAAGAGACGAGAAAGCAUUCUGAAAUGUAAAUUAUUUAUUUACAAAAUGUACAUGAAAGACUUGAGCAAUGAA